CCCCGCCUCUCGCUCUGUGGAUCAGCGGAUCCUGGUCAGAUCGCCGUGGGGUGUCGCAGCCGCUGUCGGUGAGCCUAGCUUACCACCGCCGGCUUCCCAUUCUGCGCCAACAAUCGCAAUAUCUUUAUCUUUAUCCACGAAGCCUUCCCCUUUUUCUAUUCCUCUAUUUCACUUUCUUUUGUAUCGCGCUCCUCGAAUAUAGCGCCUUCGACCGAAAUGUACAACCAUCUUUCGCAGCGCGCUACUCGCGCAACCUCGUCUGCGACAUCGGGCGCCAUGCCCCAGCAACGGCACCGCAAUGAUGAAUCUUGGGUCGAGGUUUCGUCCCAUCCAUCAUCGUCGUCCGUAUCGUCCGUUGGUGACGAAAUCGUCACGACUGGUCUGCGAGUCGGCUCGUCUGCUUACGCUGCCCGCAGACGACGCUUACACCCACAGUCGUACAACCACCUACAGCAGAACGCCAACAACCACCUACAGCAGAACGCCAACAACCACCUACAGCAGAACGCCAACACGUCAAAUCAAACCGGGCGAACUCUAACCGGAAGCCAGGAGGAAUACGAAGAAAGCGAGACUGAUUCCGAUCACCUUCUGACCUCGUCCACCGAAAACAUUACUUCAGUGCCGAGCCCAAUUCCCACCCCUCUGCGCAACGUCUACCCAGCCGAUAAUGAUACAAGUGACGAGGAAGAAGACGAUGACGAGAACGCGACUGCCCUCGGUGCACGCGGCCCAUCCGACUCGUUCCGUCCCCAGCCAAAUGCUUUCUCGCACCCGCCCUCGCAUCUCCAGCAUCGUCACUCCACUAGUUCCAGCAUCCCUCAACAUCAUCCAAGGCCUUCUUUUCGCCAGCGCAGUAGCACACGUAUCGAUCGGCGUGCUCCUAAUUUGGUCUCCCCAAACUACCAGGCCGACAACGAUGAAGCCCUGCGUGCCAGCCUCACAACCCUUCUGAGCUGUGCUGCAGCGGCACGGGCACGCAAGGAUGGCGAGAAGGAGCUGGGAGAGCGUACAGGUCCCAGUGGCGGUCAGCCGAUGAACUUGCGACUCGUCCCAGAGAGUGAGUUGAUGGAUCCGACCUCACGCCCGACAGCGCAAGGUAGAGUUUUGAGAGCCGACGCCCCAUCGACGACUGCAACCUCGCGCGAGGCUGUUGCUGGCGGCCACAAGACAAAGCGCGCGGCUACUCCCACUCCAACUGGAAAGUCACCACGCGCAACCAAGAAAAAGAAGACGGCAGGCUCAGAUGACGCUUUGAUAAGUCCCACGUUACUCACCUGGGUUGUGAGCGCCGGGGUUGUGGUGCUCGUGAGUGUCGUCGGAUUCGGAGCCGGCUAUGUCAUUGGGCGCGAGGUUGGGCGACAGGAUGCUCUGGCUAGCCUGGGAUCCGGGAAUGCAAGCUCACUUGCUACUGAGGGUGGCAGCUGUGGCAGGGAGGCUAUCAGGAGUGGUGGGGGUACUCUAAGAAGAUUCCGCUGGGGCAGCGGCAUGGGGAAGAGUAUCGCUGCGUAGUGUGGUGAUAGGUUGAGCAACUUGGUGUUCGAGAUGUUUACGCUUGCUAGAUUUCGAGUUUAAUACCUCGAAAGGCAUCGCAGGAAAGAGGAUCAUCAUCGCAUAAGACGCCAAGAGAUGGUCGCGGGUCACGAACAACAGCAUGUGCAUUCGCCCAUAUCAUGUUUGGGAGUUACAGGGUUUGCAACAGCCGUUUGGCUGCUUUUUUUAAUUUUUACAGAGCGAGGAUGGGCGUGCGAGGAUUGAGGAUUGGAGGAUUUCGAAGACCUUAGUGAACUGGAUGAAUACGAUGAUUCUGUUGAAGAUUAGUUCCACGGAUACUUUAGGUUAGCUGGCUGGCGUUGGCUAGCGUGUAGCUGUAGCUAUUAAAUAAUGAGUCAGUUAAGCGCCC